AUGAUUAAUGUAAAUAUAUGGUGCUAUAAUAAUAAUCAUAAUAAUCAUAUAAUUAGUAUUAUUAAUAUUAAAUUAAUCAUUAUUGAUAUCGAUGAUAAUUCACCAAUAUUUCCAUUAAAUUUAAUUAGACCCUAUAGAAUUCAAUUAAAAGAAGUGAUUUAUGGAAUUGGAAAAUCUAUUGAAUUACCUAAAGCAAUUGAUAUAGAUAUUAAUCCAAUUUAUUCAGAAAUAGUAUAUCGUAUUGAUCCAUUAUUACCAAAUGAUCGAUUAUUGAUUUUUAAUACAUUUCAUUUAAUGAUUGAUCAUGAUUCACGUUUAUUACUUAUAUUAAAACAUGAUUUAGAUUAUGAAUUAAUAAAAGAAUAUAAAUUUUAUUUAAUUUGUUCAUCACCAAAUAUUCAAGGAUUAAAUUAUACAUUUAAGUCAACUAUAGAAGAUCGUUUAGAAAUUAUUAUAGAAGUAUUAAAUAUAAAUGAUAUAGAACCAAUGUUUUCACAAACAAUCUAUGAAAUAGAAGUGAUGGAAAAUAGUAAAGUGAAUACAGUUAUAUAUCAAUUAGUUGCUACUGAUAAAGAUAUCAAUUCUACCAUUACAUAUUCCAUGGAGACUAAUAUUGAUUUAAAUAAUACAUCAAAAUUUUUAAUUAAAUCAAAUGGUCAAGUGAUGAUUAAAGAACAAUUAGAUUAUGAACAAUGUAAUUUAUAUAAUUUAAUAGUACGUGCUAGUGAUGGUGAAUUCUAUGCAUUUACUCAAUUAUUAAUUAAAAUUAUUGAUGUCAAUGAUGAAUUACCAGAAUUUUUAUUAAAUCCAUUACAAUUAAUAAUUAAUGAAAAUCAACCAGCUAAAACAUUAAUUGGUCAUCUUCUUAUUGUUGAUCGGGAUAGUCCAAAAGUGAAUGGUCAAGUACAUUGUGAAGAACCAUCACAUUUAAUAAGAAAUCAACCUAUUCUGUUUGUACAAGAAUCACUUUAUUUAAGUGAACAAACAUUAUUACAAAAAGAGUUUCAUCAUCAUAAUAAUAACUAUUCUACAAUAUUCUCAACGUUUUCAUCAUCAUCAUCAUCCUCAUUAUCAUACUCAAAUACUGAAACUCAUGUUUAUCAACGUUUUACAUUAUAUAGUCAAAAUAAAUAUGAUCGUGAAAAUUCUUCUGAUAAAUAUUUAGCUAUUUUAUAUUGUUGGGAUGGUAUUACUAAUUCCUUCAGUAAUUCCCCUUUAUCAGAAGAAUAUGACAAUAAACAUGUAUCAAUGACUUCAAUGUCAUCAUCGAACAGUCUAACAGCAACAAUGACUAUUGUCUUACAUAUAUUAGAUGAAAAUGAUAAUGAACCAAUAUUUGAUAAACAAUUAUAUAAAGCUACACUUAAAGAAAACUCGCCUAUAAACACUAAAAUUAUUCAAAUGCAUGCUACAGAUAAGGAUGUAGGAGAAAAUGCACAAAUUUACUACAGUCUACAAAUGAAUGAGCUUAUUACACCUUUCUUUAAAAUAGAUCCAAUAUCUGGUUGGAUUAUCAAUUCAGCUGAAAUAGAUCGUGAAGCACAGUCAAAAUUUAAAUUAACAAUACUAGCUAUUGACGGUGGUUUUCAAACAUUAAAUAAUCAAUUAUAUUCAUUAUCAAACAAUAAUACAAUACAUCAUACAGCUACAACACAAUUACUUAUUCAUAUAUUAGAUGAAAAUGAUAAUGCACCUGAAUUUCAUGGUCCAAGACAAUUUGCAAUUGAAGAAAAUCAACCAGCAAAUACAUGGAUUGGUGAUCUACAAGUCGUUGAUAGAGAUGAAGGAUUAAAUGGUGAAGUAACAUUGAAAUUAUGGUUAAAUGAAAAUAUUGAUUCUAAAUUAAGAAUUAAUACUACUCAAUUAGUUACUGAUUAUGAUUUACCAUUUCAUUUAUUAAAUAAUGGAAGUUUAUUCACACGAAAAUCAUUGGAUAGAGAGAAUCAAUCUCAUUAUUGUUUUGAAGUGAUUGCCUCCGAUAAUGGUCAAGAUAAAACUUGUUCUACAAUAGAUACAAUUUGUAUACGUGUACUUGAUUUAAAUGACAACAAACCAUAUUUUAUUGAAAUUAUAGGAGAAUAUUAUGAUCUAAAUAAAACAUCUAUGAAUCAAUCAUUAACUACAAUCAAUUCAACGUCUAUGAAUUUUAAUAUGACUGAACUAAUAAAAUGUUAUUGUAUAUGUAUUGUUAAAGCAUUUGAUAUAGAUGAAGGUAAUAAUGCAUUAAUACAUUAUAAUAUAAAACAACAAUAUUUAAAUAGAACUAUAAAAACAAUGAAAGACAUUACUAUAUUAGAUGCAUUGAAAUUGGAUACAACAAAUGGACGUUUAUUAUUAACUAAACAUUUAUAUCAAGAUGAUAUUGGUAUUUAUCAAUUCAUAGUGAUUGUUGAAGAUCAUGGAAUCCCUGUACAAAAAUCUGAAAAAAUCAUUCAAUUAAUUAUUGAAGAUACACCAGCUCGUGGAAAUUGGUUACUUCCAGAAAUGAUUCAACAACACAAUACAUCUUCUAGUAAUUUUAAGUAUACCCUAUUAGAAGCGCAUAAAAUUUUCAUAGUUAUAUUAUUAUCUGGUAUGUCAACUUUUGUAGCUGCUUUAUUAUUUAGUAUUAUUCUAUGUGUGAUCAAACCAUGUCGAAACAUCCAAAUGAAUUGUUCAACGAAAUGGCAUUAUAAAAGCAUAUGUAAUAAUAAUAAUAAUAAUAAUAAUAAUAAUAACAAUAAUGUUACUAAUCUUUAUACAAAAGAAUUUAAUGAGACAAUCUUCAAUCAUAACAAUGACAAGAAAGGAAUUGAUCAUAUAGAAACAAUGAACAAUAUUUACAAGUUUACUUUAUAUAAUCAACAAUGUAAAAACCUACCACGGCAACAACAACAAUCUGAUCACUUGAAUGGUUAUACAUCCGGAGGAAAUGUUGAUAGUUCAUUUGAUAAUAUUUCAUUGUAUACUAAUUAUCAGAAUCAAGAUCCAGAUCAAGAUCCUAAUCAUGAUCAUGAUCAAGAUCAUGAUAAGAAGUUAUUUAUGACUAAUGAUUGUUCAAGAAUAGAUUAUAUAAAAAAUUAUUUUAUACCAUAUUAUAAUUUAAUUAAAACAGAUACAUAUUGUAAUCAUAUGAAUACUACUAGUAAUCAAACUACAUGUACAAUGAAUGUAAAUGCUAAUGAACAAGAAUUAGAUAGGAAUGAUGAAAUUCAACCAGUAUUUAUUGAAAGUAUUUUAACACCUUUGAAUAUAAUUAAAAAUACAUUUCAACAACCUGAAUGGAAUUCACUCAUUUUAGAAUUACCACAAAAUGACUGUCAACAAAUAUUAUUAAAUACAUCCUUUGAUGACAAACAAUUGAAAUGUUCUUUACAUUUACCACAACAGUUAAAUUGUAAUACUCAACUAUACGAUUCAUCUAUAAUGUCGAUUCCAUCAGUUUCAUUAGCAUCUUCGGAUAAUUCUACGGUGAAACCUGAUCUUAUUUUACUUCAAUGUACAAACACCUUACCUAUUUCUUCAACUUAUUAUAUACAGAAUGAUAGAUCUGUUUCAUUAAAUCCCACUUCUAUGUCCAAUACAGCGGUACUAUUGGAUCUUAAUACAACCAGUUUAAGGAAUCCUAAGUCAGUGAAUAAAAGAAACAUAGAUUGUAGUGUACAAAAUAUUAUUACUCCAAUUGCUAGUGAAGAACAACGUUCAGAUAGUGGUCGAGGGGCAAGUGAUGAAGAAAAUUCCAAUCGAAUUCAUUUAAAUAAUAAAAAGUCAAUUUCACCAUCAUUGAUCCAUUCAACUGAACAUGAUAAAACUACCCAAGUAUCUGUACAUUCAACAAAAUGUUUAGAGAAUUUGCUAGUCCAAUGAAAUCAUAAGCUGCUUUGUUCUAUCCAACAGUGGGCAUUUUACCAACAGUCCAAUAUAAAAACUCUCUUCAAGAAGGAUAUAUUUAUUCAAAUCAUCUUUGAAAAUGACAGAAAUCUUUGAAAUCAUUUAAUUGAGAGAAUAACCUUAUAAUUAUUCAUAUCGAAUGUUUCACUCUGUGUUUCCAAAGAUAACUGUUAAAAUAAAUGUUUAAAAGCUACAGUUUA